AUGUCAGAACUGCACAACCUUUGUUAUCUCGGAGAGAGACCGAUAACCAAAGAGAACUAUCUUGAUAAGCUUAGAUUGUUGCUCAAGAAGGGUGUCCCUUCAACCUACACCGUAGAGGACGCAUUCGCAGAAGAGCACGGACUGAAAGAGGCUAUUAAGGGAUCCACCACUACACCCUUGCAUCUUAUAUGCGAAUCAUUACCGAAAGAUACAAGCAGGGAAGAAGAGGAUAUCAUAUUAACAAUGAUAGACGAACUCUUUCUCAAUGGGGCUGGCUGGUGCCUUACCAACGAGAAAGACGAGACUCCUGGAUGCGUAUUGCUUAGAAGAGGAUUACACGGAAGUAAAUACUGGCAGAAGAUGGUGGAUGCAGGAGUAAGGGCCGAGUUAUUGUUUAGGAGGUUAGAUGAUGAUAAAAUUGAAUUCAUUGACGAGAUAGAGUCCGAAGAGAUUCCACAGUUAGUGGAGGCUGAUACCAUCGAAGGGAUGGAUAAAGAAGUGGCGAAGAACAACGCUGGUUUGAAAGAAAAGACAGAGGUACUUGAUAAGGAUCCUACCAAUACCACUUCUUCCUAUUUGAAAACUAAGCUCGCAUACAAGGAUGGGGCAUUAGUGACGAACGAAAGAUGCGAUGGUGUUAUGAUGCAGUGGGAAGACAUACUAAUGAAGGCAGGAUGUAACUCCUUGUUUAAAAGCAUCGAUGAUCCCAAAGAGGUAAAUAUUCUCAAUAUUGGAUUUGGCAUGGGUAUUAUAGAUUCAAUGAUCCAAGAAAGAAAUCCCACUACGCACUACAUAUGUGAGGCACACCCAGACGUUCUCCAGAAGAUGAAGGAGGAUGGAUGGAUGAAGAAAAAGAAUGUCGUCGUGUUAGAAGGUAAAUGGCAGGAUACUGUGCCACCAUUGUUAAGCCGUGGUAUCUUUUUUGAUGGUAUCUACUACGACACUUACAGCGAGCAUUACCAGGAUAUGCUAGAACUAUUCGAUAUGAUAGUAGGACUUUUGAAGCCUACAGGAACAUUUUCCUUUUUCAAUGGCUUGGGAGCAGACAGAUUGAUUUGUUAUGAGGUGUAUAAGAAAGUUGUGGAAAUAGAUUUGGAUAUUUACGGAUUAUCGGUGAAGUUUAAUGAGAUUAGACCACCCGAAAAUGCGCUUCGUCCAGCCCAAGAGGAUGAUUCAGUUUGGAAAGGUAUAAAGAGGGCUUAUUGGAAAUGCCCGACUUACUACCAUCCGGAAGUGUCGUUUGCUUAA